AUGUCAGAUUUUAUUCAAUGGACAUAUGAAAAUAGAUAUUAAAUCUCUAUUGAUUUGGCAGCCGGGUCUAUUAGUGGAAUGUAAUAUUCAUUUUUUAAAGGUUAGAGCUAAUUGUAUUUCAAGUCAUCCAUUAGACACGGUUAAAGUCAGAAUGCAAAUGUCCGAAGACGGAGUUGUAACAACACUACGAAAAAUAAUAAACAAUGAAGGAGUCAAGGGUUUCUAUAAAGGAAUGUCUUUUCCAAUACUCUCUAUACCAAUAACAAAUGCGGUUGUGUUUUCAGUUUAUGAAUUCUGGAGAAAAUUUUUUAUUGGAAAUUCCAAUAAAUAACUUACAUAUUUCCAAACGUAUUUAUUUGAUUUGAAUCUUAGAGCAUUCUGUGGAAGCAUAGCUGGAAGUUCUGCUGCAUUAUUCUCGUGUCCAAUUGAAUUAACAAAAUGCAAAUUAUAAAUGUAAGAAACUGAAAAAAUCUACAAAAAUCCCAUCGAUUGUGUUUUCUAAGUAUUUCUUAUACAAAAUAUAAUAGAUUUACAAAAAGGAAGGGUUUAAAUAUAUUUUUAGAGGAAUGCAUGCUACUUAAUAAAGAGAAAUUCUUGGGUAUUCAGCUUAAUUUGCAGUUUAUGAAUUCAUCAAAGACAUACUUUGUGAUUUAUCGUAGAAGGCUGAACCCUCCACAGCAAACUUAUUGAUUUCAGGAGGUCUAGCAGGCGUUUCAUGUUGGACAAUAGGAUAUCCUUAAGAUGUAAAAUAAAUCUAUUAAAUCAAGACAAUUAAGACCAUCCUCUAAUGUUAAACCGGCAAAACUUCAGGGGUUUAUAAGGUGAGAUGUUAUGACGGAGGGUUUUUUGAUUGCUUGUCACAGAAAAUAUCUACUGAAGGUUUCAGUUCUGUUUGGAAAGGAUACUCAGUGUGUGUCUUUCGGGCAUUUUACGCUAAUGCAAUCGGGUUUUACGCGUAUGAAUUGGCCAAAGAAUAACUAACUUCACUCUAUUAGUUUUGA